AUGGUUCGUUGUCUUGCUCUUUUUAUUUCCCUGGCAGCUGCCGCGAACCUCUAUGCCACCCACUAUGACGGCAACAUCUACACUCUCUCUCUUGAUAGCGGAAAUGGAAACUCGCUUUCGAUCACUUCGUCCUUGAAGACAUGUGGUGAUGCUCCUAGUUGGCUUACAUUCGACUCGUCAACGCGCACACUCUAUUGCUCCGACCACUCGGGCAACGGGACUAUAAAUGGCUCGCUGAGCUCCUACUCCGUAGAUCAGGAUGGGAGACUAACGGAGCUCGCUAAGACCGUGGAUGUGGGCUCCGCAGUCCACAGCACUAUUUAUGGAGGCAAGCACGGACGCGAAAAGUAUUUGGCUAUUGCGCAUUACGGCGGAUCGGCCCUUUCGACCUUUGCCCUACCCCUUAGCUCCGAUAAGGAGGCCUUGCAGGUCUUCCGCUACCAAAUGUCCCAGCCGGGUAUCAAACCUCAGCAGAAUGCGCCGCAUCCGCAUCAGGUGAUCCUCGACCCAACCGGUGAUUUCCUCCUUGUUCCCGAUUUAGGCGCCGAUCAAGUCCGCGUUGGACCGCGACACGGGCUGUUCUGGAAAUCUACCUCAGACUCAGCGCAAGCCCCACUGACUAUGCUGUACACUCUCAGCGAAUUGGGCGGCCACUUCAAUGCGUUCGUCGUAUCAUACUUACCCUCCGGUUGUCUCGGGUUCCGGGAGACUCAAUCCUUUGUGCCAUACCCAGGCGGGCAGUUACCGGCUGGGGCUACACCGGCGGAGCUCGCUAUGGCUGGGAAUUCUCUUUAUGCUUCGAUUCGUUUUGAUCAAGGAUUCCCUCCAAAUGACUCUAUCGCGACCCUGGCUCGCUCGUCUAAUGGAACGGUGACUUUCAGCCAAAUCACCUCUUCAUAUGGCACCAUUCCCCGCACUUUUGUCGUCAAUAAGAAGGGCACUCUGGUGGCUAUUGGGGACCAGGGUUCAUCUAAUGUAGCCAUCGUCAGAAGGGAUCCGGAGAGUGGCACUCUUGGCAAGCUAGUUGCCAACUUGCAGGUUGGACAGCCUGGCCAGGCUAGUAAUUCGUCGACGGGGUUGAGCAGCAUCAUCUGGGAAGAGUGA